AUGGACAGUUGGGUUUCUAGAUCUGGGUUAUAUUCACUCCAAAGAACUAGUUUGACGAAGAUAGACACAAACUUUGUAUCCGUAUUUGUGGAGAGAUGGAAUCUAGAGACGUCUUCAUUUCAUAUGUCAUUUGGUGAGAUGAGCAUUACUUUGGAUGACGUCUCUUGUCUGCUUCACUUGCCCAUCAGGGGUGUGUUAUGGAGUCCUCAAGAUGUCACUGAAGAAGUUGUUGUUGAACUUGUUAUUGACUACUUAGGAGUGUCACAGAGUGAGGCACAGGGACAUGUUCGUAGCUGCAUGAGUUCUUAUUAUAAAUUGGAGUUGUUAUACGAUUUAUUCGUACAUCAUAAAGCUGCUUCUAGAUGGACAUAUACGACUAAAGCAUAUUUGUUGAUGUUGGUGGGUUCCAUAAUUUUUGCCGACAAGACUUUUACACUUGUCGAGGCACGAUAUCUCUUACUGAUUACGAAUUUAGAUAGAUGUUCGGGAUACAGUUGGGGAGCAGCUGCAUUGUUUCCAACUGUUGGAAAAAGAGGAGAGAAUUGGAAACCAGUUGAUAAUUAUGGUCUUCCUCGAGGGAUGAGAUGGUCAUAUAAGCAAGGAGUCUUGAAGGUGGAUGACUUGCGAACUAUUUUGGACGAGCUGACACCUAUCAACAUCAUAUGGCAUCCAUUUGAGGAUCAUAGAGGAUGA